UCUGUCUCUCAGCAGCAGCAUUGGGGUGGACCUUGGACACACAACCUCUCCCUCGACACUGAGAAAACUUCCUUGCGCUUGCUACCCCUGAAGACCUACCCAAUUGGCUGGCCCUGUUGGGUCCUUAUGCAGAUUGUGGUCUUUUCUGCUCUCACUGCUUUGGGGAGUGAUGCCAAGGCAGAGGACGGCCACACACCAGUAGAGCACCUGCCUGCCUCCGUGUGGCCCCGGCAGGAAGCCAUGACCUCCACCAGGUCUGAACCUCUGCAGGAAUCGCCAGAGGCUGAGGAUGGAAACAUCGAGUACAAAUUGAAGCUGGUGAAUCCAUCCCAGUACCGCUUCGAGCACCUGGUAACACAAAUGAAGUGGCGGCUCCAGGAAGGCCGUGGUGAGGCUGUCUACCAGAUAGGGGUGGAGGACAACGGGCUGCUGGUGGGGCUGGCCGAGGAGGAGAUGCGGGCCUCCCUGAAAACUCUGCACCGGAUGGCAGAGAAGGUCGGGGCGGACAUCACUGUUCUUCGGGAGCGAGAAGUGGAUUAUGACAGUGACACACCCCGGAAGAUCACCGAGGUACUGGUUCGAAAGGUCCCAGACAACCAGCAGUUCCUAGACCUCCGUGUAGCCGUCCUGGGCAACGUGGACUCAGGGAAGUCAACUCUGCUUGGAGUCCUGACCCAGGGGGAGCUGGACAAUGGGCGGGGCCGGGCCCGGCUCAACCUUUUCCGCCACCUGCAUGAGAUUCAGUCUGGCCGAACAUCUAGCAUCAGCUUCGAGAUCCUGGGCUUUAACAGCAAGGGUGAGGUGGUGAAUUACAGUGACUCCCGGACGGCAGAGGAAAUCUGUGAGAGCAGCUCCAAGAUGAUCACCUUCAUCGACCUGGCUGGCCACCACAAGUACCUCCACACCACCAUCUUUGGCCUCACCUCCUACUGUCCCGACUGCGCCCUGCUCCUCGUCAGUGCCAACACAGGCAUCGCCGGCACCACGAGGGAACACCUGGGCUUGGCCCUAGCCCUGAAAGUACCCUUCUUCAUUGUGGUCAGCAAGGUGGACCUGUGUGCCAAGACCACAGUGGAGAGGACAGUUCGCCAGCUGGAGCGAGUCCUGAAGCAGCCAGGCUGCCACAAGGUCCCCAUGCUGGUCACCUCCGAGGAUGAUGCUGUUACUGCCGCUCAGCAGUUUGCCCAGUCACCCAACAUCACCCCCAUCUUCACACUGUCCAGUGUGUCUGGAGAGGGUCUGGACCUCCUUAAAGUCUUUCUGAACAUCCUUCCGCCCCUGACCAACAGCAAGGAGCAGGAGGAGCUCAUGCAGCAGUUGACAGAGUUCCAGGUGGAUGAAAUCUACACGGUGCCAGAGGUGGGGACUGUUGUUGGAGGGACACUUUCCAGUGGGAUUUGCCGUGAGGGCGACCAGCUGGUGGUGGGUCCAACCGACGAUGGCUGUUUCCUGGAACUGAGGGUGUGCAGCAUCCAGCGCAACCGCUCUGCCUGCCGGGUGCUACGAGCCGGCCAGGCCGCCACACUGGCCCUCGGUGACUUUGACCGUGCGUUACUCCGGAAGGGCAUGGUGAUGGUGAGCCCUGAGAUGAACCCCACCAUCUGCUCAGUGUUUGAAGCCGAGAUUGUCCUCCUCUUCCACGCCACCACCUUCCGACGGGGAUUCCAGGUGACAGUACACGUGGGCAACGUCCGUCAGACGGCAGUGGUGGAAAAGAUCCAUGCCAAGGACAAGCUGCGGACGGGGGAGAAGGCAGUGGUACGGUUCCGCUUCCUGAAGCACCCAGAGUAUCUGAAGGUGGGCGCCAAACUGCUGUUCCGGGAGGGUGUCACCAAAGGCAUCGGUCAUGUCACAGAUGUGCAGGCCAUCGCUGCAGGAGAAGCACAAGCCACCCUGGGCUUCUGAACCCUCCAGACAGCGGCAGCACUCCCGCUGUCCCGACAAUACAUAAGGUGACUUCCGGCCCUGCUGCCCUCGGUUGGCGGCUGUGUGUGUUGUUAGGCGAGGGAGUCAGGGGUACUAUGCCAUCUGCUUCCUGCCUACCCUUUCUGGAGAGGUGCCAAGCUUGGUGUGGCCAGACGGGAGUGGUCGCAAUGGAGAAGACCAAAA